AUUGCAUGGAUUCCUCAAAUAAUGUUGGUUGUGUGACGUCAAAGAGGGAGGGCGUUUUCUUGACAUGGAAAGACGUGUGGGUUACAGUGGAUGAUGGGAAAAGAGGGCGCUUGCCGAUACUUCAGGGGAUUACAGGGUAUGCUGAGCCCGGAGAGGUUCUGGCUAUCAUGGGGCCUUCUGGCUGCGGCAAGUCAACUCUUUUGAAUUCUUUGGCAGGGAGGUUAAGUUCAAAUACGCAGCAGACUGGGGAAAUUUUGGUAAACGGAGUCAAACAAACACUUGCUUUUGGAACUUCGGCGUAUGUGACUCAGGAUGACACCUUGAUGACAACACUAACUGUAAGGGAAGCUGUAUACUACUCAGCACAGCUCCAACUGCCUGAUUCAAUGUCAACAUCUGAGAAGAAGGAAAGGGCGGAGAUGACGAUAAGGGAGAUGGGCUUGCAAGACUCCAUGGAUACAAGAAUAGGAAGCUGUAACGUAAAAGGGUUGAGUGGUGGACAAAAGAGGAGGGUUAGCAUUUGCAUUGAAAUCUUGACGCGCCCGAAGCUGCUUUUCCUUGACGAGCCUACAAGUGGGUUGGACAGUGCAGCAUCUUUCCAUGUCAUGAGCCGCAUCACUAAGCUUGCUCGCCAAGAUGGAAGAACUGUGAUUGCAUCAAUCCAUCAACCGAGCAGUGAAGUUUUUGAGCUCUUCAGCAAUCUCUGUCUCCUUUCCACUGGCAUGACUGUCUAUUUUGGCCCUGUUUCCAUGGCAGAAGAGUUUUUUGCUUCAAAAGGCUUCCCAUGCCCAACUCUGAGAAAUCCAUCUGAUCACUACCUUAGAACUAUCAACAAGGACUUCGACGCAGACAUCGAAAAAGGGUCUGAUGGCACAACAAGCACUGAAGAAGUCAUUAAUAUUCUCGUCAAGUCAUACAAGUCAUCUAGGUCAUUCCAGCAGGUUCAGCAAGUGAUAUCUAAGAUAUGCCAAUUACAGAAAGGAGGAACUUUGGAGAAGAAGGGAAGCCAAGCAAGCUUCAUUACCCAAUGCCUUGUUCUGACAAGGAGAUCUUUUGUAAACAUGUAUCGUGAUCUAGGCUAUUACUGGCUUCGCCUCGCAAUCUAUACUGCUUUGUGUUUAUGUGUAGGGACUAUAUUCUAUAACAUUGGCUUCAAUUUUGGCUCAAUCCAGGCUAGAGGUUUAAUGCUGAUGUUUAUUGCUGCCUUUCUCACUUUUAUGGCAAUUGGUGGAUUCCCUUCUUUUGUAGAGGACAUGAAGAUAUUUGGGCGAGAAAGAUUAAAUGGGCACUAUGGUGUUGGCGCGUUUGUGAUUGGAAAUACAUUUUCUUCCAUUCCAUACUUGCUUAUAAUCUCUUUAGCUCCUGGAGCAAUAGCUUAUUACCUUGUUGAAAGGAGUUUCCAACACUUUGCCUUCUUCGCAUUGCUACUCUUUGCCUGCAUGAUGUUGGUCGAAAGCCUAAUGAUGAUUGUUGCGAGCAUAUUGCCAGAUUUUCUCAUGGGUAUCAUCACCGGUGCCGGAAUCCAAGGCGUGAUGAUGUUGGGUGGCGGUUUCUUCCGGCUGCCGGAUGAUCUUCCUAAGCCUUUUUGGAAAUACCCAAUGUACUAUAUUUCAUUCCAUAAGUAUGCAAACCAAGGAUUCUACAAGAAUGAGUUUAAAGGAUUAACUUUCAAUAGUAACCAAGCAGGAGGGCCACCUAUCAGUGGUGACUAUAUCUUGCGAAACACCUGGCAUGUAGAGAUGGCCUACUCCAAGUGGAUUGACCUCGUUAUUUUGUUGGGAAUGGUGGUUUUAUAUAGGCUCAUGUUUUGGGGAAUUAUUAAGACUGUCGAAAAGGUUAAGACGGUGAUUAAAGCUCUUGUAGUUGUGUGUCCCAAGCAUUCGAAACAGAGCAUAGAGACCACCUCAUCCGAACCUUCACAUGAAGCAAAGAUGUAG